GUAGACCUUAAAAAUAUGCAGUUAUUUGCUUUGAUAAGAAAGUGUGGAAGAUUUUAUUUGCACAAGUCACUUCCUUCCCAUCUCAGCAUAAGCAAACUGCACCAGAGUGACAGCACAUCACAUUCACAAGUGCCUGAAAGUGGUGAAGCCUCACAAUUUAGCAGCUCACCAUCCUGGGGUUCAACAAACAGUAAAAUGAGUGACGAUAUUUUAUUUGAUGAUUUUAACUUCACAGACUACAAUUGUAGUGAUCCAGAGGCAUGUUUGUUCGACGAAGAUGAUCUAGAAGUAAAUGUGCUCGGCUGGCGCCACUGGUUUUUACUUAUCUGCUAUGCAAUUGUCUUCUUGUUGGGUGUCCCUGGAAACAGCCUGGUUGUCUGGGUGACGGCUUUCAGGAUGCCCCGUUCAGUUAAUGCCCAGUGGUUUCUAAACCUGUCCUUGGCUGACCUGCUGUGCUGUUUUACUAUGCCCCUGCUCAUGGUUCAAUUGGCUCAAGAUAUGCAUUGGCCCUUUGGUUCAUUAGCCUGCAAAAUACUGCCCAGCCUUCUGUAUAUGGUCAUGUACAGCAGCGUGCUGUUAUUAACAGUCAUCAGUCUGGACCGCUGGCUCCUAGUGACUCGACCCGCUUGGUGCCAGAACCGGAGGCAGCCCCGCUUGGCUCGCUGGGUCUGUCUAGGUACCUGGGUGCUGGCAUUCAUUGCCACUAUCCCCCAAUUAUUCCACAUGCAAUUAGAGAUAAAGGGGUCGAAGAUGCUGUGUAUCGGCUAUUACUCCAGCCACUUACAUGCAUGGGCCAUGGUUAUGUUUCGCUUCCUACUUGGUUUUCUGCUACAGUUUCUGAUAAUCUCAUACAGCCACUGGGCAGUGUACAAGACAACGUGUCAAAGGUCAGCGCACAGGAAUAACGAGAGAUCAGCACGGACCUUGCGUGUCAUCCUAGCUGUAGUUGUCACCUUCUUCAUGUGCUGGCUUCCUUUGCAUAUCGUGGACAUUUUUUUCUUGGUCUUGAAAAAAACAGGUGACACAAGGGCAAACCUUUAUCUGGCUCAUACAUUAGCUCUCUGCCUGGCCUACAUCAACAGCUGCCUGAACCCACUGCUCUAUGUUUGCCUGGGCCGCGGCUUUAGGGAGAGCUUGACCAAGACACUGAAGAGCGUACUCAACUUUGCGUCUGAAGAGCCGACUCGAGCAACCAGUGUAACUAUGAACACCAAGAGUACCACCGACACAACCUCCUGAAAGAGAGCAGGUGUUAUUCCAGAGAGAUUUCUAGCAGCUAUUAGAAAAGAGUUGCUCUGCUUCACACACACACACACACACACACACACACACACACACACACACACACACACACACACAAUUUUU